AUGUCCUUGAUUUGUAGGCUCCAAUGCAAUAGAAAUACGGCUUUCCAAAUAAAGAAAUUGUAUAUCGGCAAUCUGGAUUUAGCGAUCAAUGAGUUUGCUAUAACCAAACUAUUUAAAACUUUUGGGAAAAUAACUUUCAUUGAACUUAUGGUACAUCGCUCCGGAACGUAUAAAGGCCAAUCAAAAGGUUAUUGCUUCUUAGACUUUGAGACAGAAGAGCAAGCGUCAAAUGCAAUCAACGCACUUAAUGGAAAAUUGAUUAGAGGCAGGCCGAUAGUCGUCUCUUACGCUCGCAUGACAGCAGAAGAAGAGAGAAAAAGACGACAUCAUCUUCAAGCUAGGCCGACUACAGCUAUCUCCAAACAAAGACAAACAUUGAAAAAUAUCUCAACGGAUGUUAAGAUAAAAGCCAUAGAAAAAAAGUUAGAGCUACUGAAAAAAGCGCAAGCACAAAGAUCACCUUCAUCUACAACAACUUCAAGUACAACAGCUUCACUAAAUAAAUCAGAUACUCAGUAG